UCUAACUCUCAAUUCUCAAUUCUCAAAUUUGAACACUCUCUGUAAUAACUCCGUCUAGCUGGAUGAAGCUAACGGUUGAACACAACCGUCAACAAUGGAAGAGGAAGAAGAAUAUCAUCACCUCUACCACUUGACAUCUAAAUCAAAUUGGUUCACAAAAUUAAUCUCUUUUCAAGCUGAUAUUAUAUACAAUUGCAUUGUCGCUCUCUUAUCGCCUUUCAUACUUUCCUUCUCCAUGGCCUUCGAGUCCUACCGCAGCACAGAGGCGGCAACCGCUAGAAUAGAGUCUGAAGUUCUCAAGAUUCCCUUGAGAGUGACGCAUGGCAGUAUAACGUUAGUGAGGAAAAUAGGAUUUGGGGUUCUGGGUGCUGUACAUGUGGUUAUGGUUUUGAUAAGUGUUAUGAUUUUGGCUGGAUUUUUAGGUGUUGGGUUGGUGCAUUAUUGCGUGGAGGAGCCUGUGUUUUUAAGAGAGAGAUUGUUCUUUGAUUAUACUGAUGUGAAUCCUAAGGCUGUUUUUAGUUUUGAUAGCAUCAAGAGGAGGCAAAUGGGUGUUCCAAUUGGUCAUACUUUUCAUGUUUCUUUGGAGCUUUUGGUGCCUGAAUCUGACUACAAUAGGCAAAUUGGGGUGUUUCAGUUGGCUGCAGAACUUUUAUCAAGCAAUGGACUUGUGAUUGCAAAAUCUAGCCAGCCAUGCAUGUUGCCAUUUAGAAGCCUACCCAUUCGCCUCCUACGAACAUGUCUUAUGAGCAUACCAUUAGUAUUAGGAAUCUCUGCAGAGACCCAGAAGAUAUCUAUUCAGAUAUUAAAUCACAAGGAAGGACAUUAUUCAAGAACGAAAUCUAUUAGAGUGACUUUGAUUCCAAGAGCUGGAACAUCAUAUCUCCCGCAAUUAUAUGAAUCUGAAAUUCUGAUGAAAUCUAAGCUACCAUGGACAAAGCAAAUCGUUCGGAAUUGGAAAUGGACAAUUUCUAUCUGGGUUACAUUAUACAUUUACAUCUUAUUGGUUAUAAUUAUAAUCUGUUGUUGUAGACCUCUUCUCUUCCCCUUAACAGGAGUGACUUUAGGUGAACACGAUGACAAUGACAGAGAUUUGGGUACGAAGGAAUCAAAAGAGAAAGAAAUGGAAACUAGAGAUGAAAGGGAAAUUUCUGAGUUAGUGAGAAAGUGGCAGCAAAAGAGGAGGAAGAGAAAGGGAAUGUUUUUGCAAAGAGAUAUAACAGAAACAGUUGGCUCAUCAGCUUCAAGCAUGAGUGUUACAAGGGAAGACGCAAGCAUGGUGGUCGAAGAUACUGAGGAUUCAGAGUCGGUUUGUUUAGGUGAUUGAUUAAUAUCAGUUAGUGUUUUUAUUUUCCUCCUAGUACUUGGUGUUUAGGUUCUUUAUUUCGUCUUUUUUUUUUUUCCUUUUUUUUUUUUUU